CAGACAAUUAUCGUCUGUGUUUGUCUGUGCGAAGUAUGAGUGCACCCAAGAGAGAGAGAGAGGCAAUGUGUAACUCCCCCGCACUCUCUUCUGUAACGGCGGCGAUGGGGCCGUCGCCGGACGUAUUCCUCCCUUCGGAGCCCACCGACAAAACAAACGGCCUUCUCUCUCUCCCCCUGCUCCCGUCGUCAAAGCCCCGGCAGGAGAAGACCCUCCCUGUCUCCCUUGUCCUCCGGGAAGCAGAGGCUAUUGCCCGAAUCGCCCUCCCCAUGAUCCUCACCGGCCUCAUCCUCUACUCCCGGUCCAUGAUCUCCAUGCUCUUCCUCGGCCGCCUCGGCGGCCUCUCCCUCGCCGGCGGCUCCCUCGCAUUGGGCUUCGCCAACAUCACCGGCUACUCCAUCCUCUCCGGCCUCUCAAUGGGAAUGGAACCCAUCUGCGGCCAAGCUUUCGGCGCCAAGAAAUACUCCCUCCUCGGCCUCACCUUACAAAGAACCAUUCUUUUACUCCUCCUGAUCUCCCUCCCCAUUUCCCUCCUCUGGGUCAACAUUAAAAAGAUUCUAAUUUUCUGCGGCCAAGACCCGGCGAUCGCCGCCGAGGCCCAAUCUUACCUGAUUUACUCCCUUCCCGAUCUCGUGGCCCAGUCCUUUCUUCAUCCCCUGAGGAUUUACCUCCGAACCCAGUCGAUCACUCUGCCUCUCACCUUCUGCGCGGCUUUCUCCAUUGUUCUCCACGUGCCCAUCAAUUAUUUCCUGGUGACGAAGAUGGGUAUGGGGGUCAAAGGGGUCGCCCUCAGCGGGGUGUGGACAAAUUUCAAUCUUGUCGGUUCUUUGAUCGUUUAUAUUGUUAUCUCCGGCGUGUACGAGAAGACCUGGGAGACAGUGUCGUCGGAAUGCCUGAAAGGGUGGAGGGCUCUGAUGAAUCUGGCGAUUCCGAGCUGCGUCUCCGUUUGCCUGGAGUGGUGGUGGUACGAGAUCAUGAUCCUUCUCUGCGGUCUGCUUGUGAACCCGACGGCCACCGUCGCCUCGAUGGGGCUUCUGAUUCAGACCACUUCCCUGAUCUACAUUUUCCCUUCGUCCCUCAGUUUCAGCGUCUCCACCAGAGUGGGGAAUGAGCUCGGCGCCAGAGAGCCCGGAAGGGCCAAACGCGCCGCCGUGGUGGGACUCGCCGGAAGUUUCUUUUUCGGAAUCACGGCUCUGUUUUUCACCAUCUCCGUCAGGAAUGUGUGGGCGAAGAUGUUCACGGAGGAUAAAGACAUAAUCGCCCUCACCGCUCUGGUCCUGCCCGUGAUCGGGCUGUGCGAGCUCGGGAACUGCCCGCAGACGACCGGGUGCGGGGUUCUGAGAGGGACGGCGAGGCCGAAGACCGGAGCGCACAUUAAUCUCGGCUGCUUCUACCUCGUCGGAAUGCCGGUGGCGGUCGGAUUGAGCUUCUACGGCGGCUUCGACUUCGAAGGCCUCUGGUUGGGGCUGCUGGCGGCGCAGGCGUCUUGUAUGGUCACCAUGCUCCUGGUUUUGCUCCGAACAGAUUGGGACCUCGAAGCCCGGCGAGCGGAGGUUCUCACCGCCGCCGUCAAUGGCAGAAACGAUGAAGAUUCUUUGUGUUAAUAGUUACCAAAUUUUUUUCUAUCUUAUUAGAAUCUUUUUUUAAUAGGCGCACAAUACCUAUAAAUAUACUUUUAUGUUUUUC